AUGACCAUCCCAGAGGAAGUGGACAUCAUUGUCUGCGGUGGUGGCAGCACCGGCUGCGUAAUCGCCGGUCGACUUGCCAAUCUGGACCAUAAUCUCCAGGUCCUGCUGAUUGAAGCUGGUGAAGACAACCUGAACAACCCAUGGGUCUAUCGCCCCGGUAUCUACCCCCGGAACAUGAAGCUUGACUCGAAGACAGCUUCCUUCUACUACUCCCGGCCUUCGGAAUGGCUUGAUGGCCGUCGGGCUGUUGUGCCAUGUGCCCAUGUUCUCGGAGGAGGCAGCUCUAUCAACUUCAUGAUGUACACUCGAGCCUCUGCCUCCGACUACGACGACUUCCAAGCCAAGGGCUGGACGACGGACGAGCUACUUCCCUUGAUGAAGAAGCACGAGACAUACCAGCGGGCCUGCAACAACCGGGACAUUCAUGGCUUCGAUGGACCCAUCAAGGUCUCGUUCGGGAACUACACGUAUCCCAUCAUGCAAGACUUCCUGCGUGCUGCCGAGUCGCAGGACAUUCCUGUCACGGAUGAUCUUCAGGACCUGAAGACAGGCCACGGAGCCGAACACUGGCUGAAAUGGAUCAACCGCGACACAGGCCGCCGCAGCGACUCCGCCCAUGCCUACGUCCACAGCACCCGGGCAAAGUACUCCAACCUGCACCUCAAGUGCAACACCAAAGUAGACAAAGUGAUCAUCGAGAACGGCCGCGCCGUCGGCGUCGCCACCGUGCCCACCAAGCCCCUCGCAGGCCGCGAUCCCCCGCGGACCAUCUUCAGAGCCCGCAAACAGAUCAUCGUCAGCGGCGGCACCCUCAGCUCCCCUCUCAUCCUCCAGAGGUCCGGUGUCGGUGACCCCGAGAAGCUCCGUCGUGCUGGCGUGCAGCCUCUCGUGAACCUCCCCGGUGUGGGACGGAACUUCCAAGACCACUACCUGACGUUCUCCGUCUUCCGGGCGAAGCCUGAAGUCGAGUCCUUCGAUGACUUUGUCCGCGGAGACCCCGAAGUGCAGAAGAAGGUCUUCGAGGAAUGGAACAUCAAGGGUACAGGACCUCUAGCGACGAACGGCAUCGAAGCUGGCGUGAAGAUCCGGCCGGAUGCAAAGGAACUGGAGGAGAUGAAGAGUUGGCCCACGAAUGACUUUUACAAGGGCUGGGAGAGUUACUUCAAGAAUAAGCCGGAUAAACCGGUGAUGCAUUACUCUGUCAUUGCUGGCUGGUUCGGCGACCACAUGCUCAUGCCCCCAGGCAAAUUCUUCACCAUGUUCCACUUCCUCGAAUACCCCUUCUCCCGGGGCUCCACGCACAUCCAAUCAGCCGACCCCUACGAAAGCCCCGACUUUGACGCCGGCUUCAUGAACGACAAGCGCGACAUGGCCCCCAUGGUCUGGGGAUACAUCAAGUCGCGCGAGACGGCGCGACGCAUGGGUGCCUACGCAGGUGAAGUGACAGGCAUGCACCCUCACUUUUCGUAUGACUCGCCCGCGCGAGCAUUCGAUCUGGACCUGGAGACGACGAAGGCGUAUGCAGGGCCGAAUCAUAUUUCUGCUGGAAUUCAGCAUGGUUCCUGGUCCCAACCCCUCGAACCGGGUACUUCGCCCGCAUCGCCUACAAGGCUGAACUCCAACAGGCAGGAUACAAGGGAGGAGAUUAAGUACAGUAAGAAGGAUAUCGAACAUAUUGAGAAGUGGGUCCAACGCCACGUCGAAACAACCUGGCACUCCCUCGGAACCUGCAGCAUGGCGCCCCGCGAAGGCAACAACCUCACGCCGCACGGCGGAGUCGUCGAUGAACGACUCAAUGUGCAUGGUGUGCAGGGGCUCAAGGUGGCUGAUUUAUCCAUUUGUCCGGAUAAUGUGGGGUGUAAUACUUAUAGUACCGCCCUGCUUAUCGGAGAGAAAUGCGCUGUUUUGACGGCUGAGGAUCUGGGUUACUCGGGUAAGGCGUUGGAUAUGAAGGUUCCGGAGUAUCAUGCGCCUGGGGAGGUGACGUUCUUGUCGAGGUUGUGA